AUGUCCGCUUUCGCACCCCCGACUAUCCGUCUCGUGUCGGGCAACCCCUCCGCCGCAGGCUCGGCUGUGGGCAACGACACGUUCGCUAGCUCCCAAGCCAACACAUCCUUCGCCUCGUCCUACGUCAACGUCUCACCCGUCUCGUCGCCGCUCUCACCCCGCAACGACGAGACAAGGCGCAAAGUCGUGCCAAAGAAGUCGAAGCUCGGCUUGUUGGGCGGCACAGCCAAGACAAAGGAGCGCGGACGUGAUAUGUCGGACAUGGUCCGCCGCGUAGGCGGGGGUACCAACUCCACACGGGGCGGCUUCGAGAUCUACGUCGACCCCGCGCCCGAGCCCGAGGCGGGCGAAGUGCUCAUGGUUCAGAAGAAGAAGAGCCGAGGAGCGCUCAAUGCUCUUGGCUGGGGUGGCAACGGCAACGGCAAUGGGUUGUCGGAGGCUACCAACACCGCUGGCCUGAAGCCUAAGAACGACAGCAAGGAAAAGGACAAGUGGUGGAGCAUUGGCCGCGGGAAGAAGGAGACCAAGGACAAGGAGAACCCGGGAAAGGCCGCAGAGUCGGUUUUGUUCUCGGUUCGCUCGAAGGCUCCAUCGCCGCUCUCGAUUGAGAUCGAGGACGCGGCACCCCGCAACCGCUUCAACUCGCUCGACUCGGGCGUCAUGCUCAAUGAGGGCCGGCCAGCUGCGAAUCGCUCCCGGUCAGUCUCCAGCUCGCAGCUUCUCACCGUCCCCGACCUCGUCUCGGACGUGGGCAGCCCCGUCUCUGGCAACGAAGAACUCCAGACGCCCACACUACUCUCAGCACCCAACCCCGCCACAGGCUCUAUCGCUGUGCGCGCUAUGCGUAGUAUGCGUUCGCUCGCUCACAUGACGAGCUGGAACCAACUCAACGGCAAGGAGGCUGAGCCUACGAAGGAGAAAGUCGCGGAGGUCAAGGACAAAGGGACGAAGAAGGGCAAGAAGAAAGUCCUCAAAGUCAAGAAGGACGACGGCCGCAAGGCCACUCCUCGCAACCCAUCGGGAAGCUCUUUCGAGGCGGGUAGCCCGCUCACGCCUGACAUUGCGACGUUUGGCGAGGCAGCUGAGCAACCGAAGCGCAAGGCUAGCAUGCUCGGCAUCGGCCUUCCUUCAACCAUGCGCUUCGGCUCGGCCAGGCUGGUAUCAACGUCAAGUUCGGUUAACAGCACGGGCUUGCCCCAGCCUCCAGCCACCAUGCGGCUCUCAACAAGCUCGUCGACGCACCUCGACGCAAAUCCAGCCCGGUACUCUGCCGGGUCGUCUAUUAACUUGGACGUCAACCCCGAUCAGCUUGGACGUGGCCGCUCUGCUUCGUCGCUCUCGGCCGACUCCUCUUUGCGUCCGGCGUCAACUGCUUCUGGCUCCUCGGGCGGCAGCCGUGUCUCCUCGUCGAGCGCUGUAUCUGUGCGCUGGGAUGACCGUGCUCUUGAGACUCUUCGCGAGGAGCGUCGUCAGGAACGUGCGGUCAGCGCGGAGACGCGAGCAAGUGGUCACACCGCCGAAGGUCGCAAGCGCGCAGGGAUCAACGAGAUCUUCCCAGAGACGAUGCCCGCCUCCUCUCGACCAGUGUCCGCUACAUCAUCGCAGCCCAACGCGCCCAUGAUUGCCAUCGAAGAGGCCACUACCGACGGACAUAGUAUCAGCGACCGCAGUGCUUUCUCGACACCCCCUAGGCGCCGUCGUGCGAGGCCUAUUUCCGAGCAGAUGCCCGGUCAGGAGCGUCCCAAGGCUAUCUGUGACGAUGGGGACUCCGACGCUGUUCUAUCUAUCUUGGACGCCGCCACCAACGACUUAGCUUCGCUCAUCAGCCGACUUGACCUCGAGGCCACCCCCGCUACGCCAGACGGUACACCCAUUCGCAUCUCGCCUGAGCUUCGCGAGAUCUUGCGCAACCGUGCCUCGCCGGCCAAGCCUGGCUCAAAGGCACUCGGCAGCCCUGUCCCACAACGCAAGACUCGCAACUCACUCGGUCCAACACACAACGUCCGCGGUAGCACAGCAUCAAUCACUUCGCUCCGUCCCUAUGCUCAGAGCCGCGCCCCAGCAACCAUCUCCAAGGCAAAUGCUCCUGUUGUCGCUGCUGCGCGCAUCGGCAUGCAGAUUGCCCCGUGGCCUGUAUCGCCGGAGAAGGAGGAGAUCAGACCUCUGCGUCCAGUGAGGUCGAAUACCGAGCCACUCAGGAUCUUCAAGCCAGCACAGAAUCGCCCACUCAGUCCUAUUCCUGCUGAGGAGUCCGCGUCGCCAGUCUUCCGCCCGCUGCAACCUGCGUCACGCUCGAAAGUUCCGGCUCUUGCCAGGCACUUUGAGGAACGUAUGUCGACGCCACCCUCCGCUGUGGCCGCACCCGCGCCAUCUUCAGCGUUCGGUCCCAAGACUUCGACGGGUGCCGACAAAGUCAAGCCUGCCGUCCGUGGACCGGGUCCCGUCUUCCGCCCUGCGCCGCUCAACUUGCAUGAGACGAAGGACAGCUUCAGCAGUUUGUUCACACUCGGGGAUAGUCGUAUCGAGAUGCGUUCGCCCAUCAUCCCCGAGGCACGUAGAGAACUCGGCCUUGCCGGUACACUCGGUGGUAGCGUCGCUACGGUGGACGCUGACCGUGAGCUGGAGUCGAGCGAUCCUGACUCGGACGUUCCGGACGAGCUGCGGGAUAUCUUGUCGAACGGGAACACCCACCGUCGUAGCAUCGGCAUCGAGGACACGCUGUCGUACGGCCAUAGCCGCUCGGCGUCUGUCAGCUCCAACUUGCCUUCGCCUGGUGCGCCGCCGAAGAUGCCGCUCCCGAUGCCUGAGAUCCACGUCGAGGAUGAGGACGUCGAGAUGACCGUCGAGACGCCAGUUUUCCGUUCCGUGCCCAUGAGCGACCACGAUCAUCUGGGCGUGCUUGAUGGCGCCGAAAGUGGCGACGAUGACACGAAACGCUCAUUUGACUUCACGGGCGAGCUUCGCGCUCUCAACGAGUCGGGCGGAUCUGAUCGCCUCAGCUUCGUCGAGCAGCUCGAAAACGCCUUCAAGACGCCGGCGAAGAUCAAUCUUACCAGCCUCGGGCGUUUCGCUCUCGAUGACCUGCCGCCGAUGCCGGCCAUGCAACAGGGCUCACCGUCACCGUCGCAGGAUAGCUUGGACUCGCAGGUGCCCUCUGCAUGCGGGACGCAGGACGACUCGCUGCUCGGACCUCAGUCUAGCCCAGAGCAGUACCCGGCGUCGUCCUUGCUCGCAAGCCCGGAGAUCUCGAUGCCCCGCCGCGAACGCUCGUCGAAUUCCAUCGACGACAUCUCGUACCCGCGUGCCGCCCGCUCUCGUUCAAACACUAUCGACGGCGAGCUCAACGUCAACUUCAAGUUCGGCGGCAAGUCCCCAACCAUGGACUCGUUCCCCGUUACCGAGCCGUCGAGGGAGCUUACGCUGUCGGAUAUCAUCCCGCCGCCUGAGAUUCAGAACAGGUUGUCGAUGGCGUCGUUCUCGGACGAGUCUGAGGAUGAUUCGGUGCUCAAAUCCAUCUUGGCCAAGGCCGGGACCGCAGACGAUAUGGAUAUCCCGCCCGUCCCGCCGCUUCCGAUCAGCGAGGUUCCGCGCCGCCGCGCGCUCUCCGAUGCGAGCAUGCAUUCUUGUCGCCUCUCUAUGCAGGAUGACCCCUUCAGCUACCGUGAUUCAUUCAUCGACAGCAUGCACAGCCGUCGCUCCUCGCAGGCUAGCUUCAGCGGCUUCGACUCGUUCGAUGAAGUACGACGAGGGUUUGAGUUCGCCAACCUCAGCUCAUUCUACCCGCCACCCGAGGCGCAUUCGCGUGGACAUGCAACCCGCGAGUCGGUGUUCAGCAUCGCAUCUGUCAGCUCCUACGGCGUUGUGCUCAACCCCGGUGUAGCGGAUCCCUUCGAGUACGGACGUUACGACCUUCCCAGCCGCCCUUCGUCCGAUGGCCUAUCGCUCUCCAUGUCAAUGACCGUGGACGACACUUUCGACUUCAUGCACCGAGAUUCCCGACGCCGCCAACGCGUCGACUCAGACGCCUCGAGCUUCUACUUCCGCCCGCCUGCGCCAGUUCCCGCUGCGCGUCCGCGUUCAAUGCACGUCACCGGCCGCGCUCACCGCCGCAACGAGAGCAACAUGUCUGUUGGCUCUAUGGCGCCUCCUGUUAGCUUGUACAACCGCAGCUUCGGCGCUCAUAUCCGCCACGGCCGCAACGACUCCGUCUCCAGCAUCGGCUCGUCUGCUCAUCAGUUCGCAUUCGGCUCGCAGCGUAUGUCCUGGGGCGCUCGCCCUGGUCAUCGUGCCGAACACUCUGUAGACUCGCUCAUGAGCGACUUUUCGGCGAUGCGCGUCGCGCGCCCUGGUCUUUCGGGCGACAAGAUGCUCGAGAGCGCUCAAGGCAUGCCGCUUACUGCCAUUUCGGCUAGUCCGCCGGAAAGCCUGCGCAGCGCACGCUUCUCCGACCCUUACGAGGAGACUGGGCGCUUUGCGCUCGAUGAUGCUACCGGGCGCUACACAUACGUCAGCGGUCAAGAGCGCUCGUCGGCCGAGUACGACAGCAUCAUGGAUACGCGCGCUUGGACGUUCGCCAAUACUGCUUCGGGCGCCGUUGAGGACUCCAUCUUCGAUCGCACUGGCGCUAACAACCGUACCUCGGUGUCGUCUGAAUCGCUCUUCGGCAGCAAUGAGCUGCGCCCCAACCAGGCUCGUGGACAGUUCGCCGCGAUGCCGCGCUACAGGCCGGUCUCGAUCUACAGCAUCAACGAGGACUCGGAGAGCGCCCGCGAGAACGAUACGAUGGUUACCAUGCUCGAUGGCGGCCACGUUCGCCGCUCUUCAGUUGACUCAGUUGUAGGAGGUUCGCCUCUCGCGCGCGCGGGCGGCAAGCGCAAGCACGCCGCUAUCCGUAGCCCGAUGGACAACGUCGCUGGCUCGGACGGCGAAAUCGAGAACAUGGAGUUGCCGAACAAGACGCGUCUUGUCGAGGCGCGUCUGGUGGAGAAACCCUCCGUCACGGAGUCGCUUCGUUCUGUGGCUUCGAACGUCUUUGGUACCGAGCGCAUGGGUCGCGCGCACUACGGCCAUUACCACCGUCAGAGCCUGGAGGAGAACUGUUUGGAGGCCGAAGGCGAAGACUUGUCUAUGUCUGUCGUCCUUAACAAUUCCUUUAGCCGCCCCGGUCGUACAGGUCGCUCUAGGUCCAGCACCUACUCGUCAUCGUCGGAAACUGAUACGCCGCCGCUCUCCGUGUGCGACAGUGAGAGCAACACUAGUGGUAGCCAGAGCAGCAUCGAUCUCGCCGGUCUCAACUUUGCGCUCGCGAACAUGACACACCCAGUCACGGCGCGCACUCGCAUUCGCCCCGGUCAUCGGCGCACGCGUGGUCAACGCCAGUCGGUCUAUGAAACGAUCCAGGAAGAAACCGCAUCGCCAACUAAGGAUGCUACGGUCAAGAUGGCGCCCCAGGGUCAGAUCCAGCAAGACGAUGUAAUGGUUGUGGACGACGACAACACGCUGAGCCUUGACUGGGACGAUGAGCGCAAUGUCGUCGCUCUGCGUCGUUAUCUCGCUCUUCGCGACGAGGCACAGGUCACGGUCGAGGACAGCAGGCGGAUGUGGCAUGACACGCCCUUCUCGGUCUACGCCGUACAAUCAUUCGAUCCGCCCGCCCACAUUCCUGGCAUGCGUGCUCUACUCGAGCACUCGCAGCAGAACUAUGGUCCACUACCGUCUGAACUUCGUGCUUUCCGCAUUCGCUCUCGCACCUCUUCGCGCGUCUCCCCGUACCAGGCCGCCCGCGCCGCCAAGAUGUCUGCCGCAGCCUCAUCUGCCUCUCCUGCUUCCUCUGCUCCCGUCUUCUCUGCCCCGGCCCACUCCGUCUUCACCGCACCCGAACCCGCUGCGCCUUCCGUGUUGCAGGACCGCCCUGCCAACACCAACACGCCUCACGCCGCUCAAGGCAAGAAGAGCAAGAAGCACGAGUUGCCCGACGUAUCGCCAUUCGCACCGGAGAACAUGAGCAAACUGUCCAAUGGCCUGCCUCGCGCUCGCGUUAACUCAAACUCUCGGCGCAACAAUCUCGGCUGGGCGAAGCGCAGCACCGGAAAGGAGAACAAGGAGAACGGGAAGUCUGCCGUCGGCACUGGCGCCACGCCAGGCGAGACAAGUUUCCGUCGUCCACGCCCGCGCGGUCGGCCAACUCCCGCUCGCACCGCGGCCCUCCGGGGUUAG